UUGGUGUGGUGCUUCUUUGGCCGAUCUCUGUGCGGCGCCAUGGAGGCUUCGCUGCUAGUCUGCGAGCGGCUGCACCCGCGCCAUGACCCGCGCUGGCUGCUGCAGCUGCCGCCGCCUCUGUGCCUGGCCUGUAUCAUCGAGGCCCUGGGCGACGGCGGCUCCUCGCUGGUGCGAAGGAAGCACGUGCUGUCCUGCUUCCGUGACAUCCUGGCCUGGCACGCGGUGCCAGUCAUCCAGCUGCUGGCUCAGGACGAAAGGGUGUGCAUCCAUUUCAUAGGAACCCUGUUUGGGAUGUUGCAUACUGUGGAAGACAACAGUGCACUGGACCUGUCCAUUGAAGUGCUGGUGAUGCUUGUCAUGAAGCUGAAGUCAGAGCAGUACAUACACUAUGUGUUGGAUGAAAGCCAGAAAGAGUUAUACAAGCCAGCCACCAUGAGAGGCAGUCUGCCCACAUUUAUUCUGCUGGGCAAGCUGGCUGAUGCUAUCCCAGUCUUUGCUGAUAUGUUAGUGAUUGCACAUGGUAAUUUAGUGGAUCACCUGUUGACAGGCUUGAUGUACCCCAAUGAGGGUGUAAAGGCAUCUGUCUGCUAUCUGUAUGGCAAGCUGUACUCUUCCUGCAUCGGUGAAGAUAAGCUCUCGGUGCACUUCACAGAGAAGCUGUGUGGCCUCUUUCUAGCUACCCUGGGGAAUGCACAGACAAAGGAGCUGCAGGUUAAUUGCAUGGGUUUGCUAAAGGAGCUGCUGAAAUCUGAUCACUUUGUAUCAGUUAUUAUGAGUAGUUCAGGAAGAGAGGCAGAUUCUGAAAGUGCCAGUUUGUUAGAGGGAGAAAACCCCCUGCCACUGGUGCUCAAAAAGCUGUUGCUGUCCAGAGAUGAGACAUUACAGGUGGCAAGCACUCAGUGUAUGGCUGCUGUCCUGGUGCAUUCUGCAGUCAAAUAUGCUCCUGCCUUUAUCCAUGCAGACAUUCCAGAGUUCCUGUUUGACUGCCUCUCCUGCACUAGCGAAGUUCUCAUCUGGUCAGUUUAUUGCUGCCUGCUACUUCUAACAGAGGAGUGGCUUUUUUUUUCCAAGUGUCACACAGUUUAUGGCAUUGAGUCUCUGGUGAGAAGUCUCAGAGAGAUCCUGCUACUGAACAAUGUGGAGCUGCACAAGCAGGGGCUCCUGCUAUUCACUGAAAUACUGAAACGGCAGCCGAGGGAAAUCAAGUUAUUCACAAACCAUGCCAUGUGCAAAAAUGCCAUUAGUGUUCUUAUGGAGGCAGUCAACUGCCCAGUGCUGGAAGUAGCAGCAGAGGCUGUGAAAGCUGUGGCUGCUCUUUUGAGGAAGGACCAUUUGAGUUCUCCCCCAAUGCCAUAUGAAGAGCUGCAGACCCUGAUAGAAGCUGUGCUGAAGCGAUGUGCUGACCUCUCCUUGCCACGCAGUAGCAGAAGGCCUGCAGGUGACCUCCUCUUCUCAGUAGCUCAGAGUCACUCAGGAAACAGAAACCAGACCAGAGCUCUCCUCAGGCAGGGGCAAUUCCUGCUCAGCACCUUGGACGGCUUCAGAAAUGCUUGCAGGUUGGCAGUGGAAUGUCAAAGUGAUCCCUCAGCUCAGGAGAAUGCUUUUACUGCUCCCAGCUCAGAGAGUGAGAAUACCCUGAGCAACUUCUCUGCAUUUCUGCUGAGGAUUUGUGACCAUCUUUGCAUCCCUCUAAUCAUGAAGUAUUCUGAACAGACUGUCAGCCCAACUCUGAUGGAGGUUUUCAUCUCAACCCUUAACACCCUGUUCACCGUGGUGCCAAACAUGUGUGAGAAGUUCUCAAGAAAGCUGGUGUCCUCCUCUUUCAUCCGACUGACACUGGAGCUGAAGGCCAAAUUCUGCUCUGGACAGAGCAACCCUGCUUUGAAUCAGGCCUGUUCUUGCUUCCUCUACAAUGUGUGCCUGAGUCUUCAUUCAACUGCAGAGAAGAUGAAGAAGUCUUCCCAGGAGGGCAAAUUCUCUUGGCUUGAUUCUCCUUUGUUUCUCUCAGCGCAGAUGUCUUUGCUUUUGUUCUGGUAUUCCUCAGUUCUUCCUGCCAUUCUUAACGUAGCUUCUUUUCUAGAGCAAGAGAUGUCUGAGCUCCUGCAGAGGAGUCUGCCUCAGUUAAACUACAGUGUGCCUGAAGGCCUCAUCCUCCUGUCAGAAACCGCAGAGCCAUUUUGUUUAGAUGAAGCCCUUCGCAGCCACCAGUAUUGCUUCCUGCUUCUCUUGUACUUUGCCUAUACCAUGGAAGACAGAUUUGUUCCAGAAGCAGAAUUAUUCUCAGCCGUAAGGAGUUUCCUUCUGUCAGUGCAGGAUCAGGGAGACUGUCCCCCUCCAUAUGUGUUCAGAGCUGUUCUUUACCUUCUGGCUAUAUGUCAAGACAAAGGCGAAGCCUUAGACUUGAGUCCUCUGUGUGCCAUCAAGAGGAUCGUGGAGAAUAUAUCAGAUGUGGGCUCAAUCUAUGUUCACCAUCCUCUCCUGCUUAAAUUCUUCCUGCGUUAUUCCGAGCUUGUGGGCAGGUUUGGUCACCAUAUUCUUCAACUCUGGUUUUCCUGGGAAGACUGCAGUCAAAUGGAGAUUGAAGAUGCUGCCUCUGAACUCUCCUCUGGCUUGCCUGAUUGCCCAAAUGGCUUUAACAGUUUACUUCAUAUCCUGAAAGGCAACUCCAGCAUUUUACUAAUUUUACUGGAUCUCGUCUGCUCAAGCACCAUGGAAGUGGCCCACAAGGUGCUGAUGACACUGAAGGUCUUCUUGAAAAGAAACGAGAAUGUCUUGGUCUGUGACCUUCUCCGAAGCCAGUUUCUCCAGAUUCUGCAACAGCUGCUGGUGGAGAGCAGCUCUGCAACUUUACAAGCCAACAGGAACCUGCCGUUGUUACUGAGCCUCAUCUUUCUAGUGCAGCUGAGGAAUGAGGCUGAGAGAGAGCUGGACAGCACAGACUUCAAGCUGCUCCACCAUGUCAGCAACCUCUGUGGGAAGUGCAGACCGGAUGAUACAGAGCUCCUGCAACCCUCCUUGAACUUCCUGUAUUGGAGCCUUCACCAGACAAUGGUCUGCAGCCAACAGAGAGUGGUGGCCGUGCUGCUCUCCAGUGUUCCUUUACUGGAGCUGCUCCAGAGAGUGCUGGAUGUUACCUGGACAUGGCCAUCUCCCUCUGAACCUGCUUUAUCAUUCUCAGAGGAGGCACUUCUCUGCUCUGCUUGGCUGCUGACUGCUUCCCUCCUAGCUCAUCAGCACAGUUACAACAGCGAGGUUCAUCAGACAAUCUCUCUGAAUUUAGAGAGGGUCCUGAAUGUAGUCAUCUUCAGAAAGAAGAAGCCUGCACUGCUCUUAGGUAGGCAGAGGCUGGUUGAAGGACUUGCUCUUGCAGCUUUUUUGCUGUCAGUCCCCUGUCCAGUUGGUAUCCUUCAGCUCCUGAGGGCCAUCAUUAGGCAGAACUUCUCCUCAUCCCUGCUAGUGCUUAUAUUCCAACCCACGGGCCAGAGCAGCUUGGAGUCCUUACCAUCAGAGGACGAUGCCUCCCUGUAUCCUCUGACCAUGCAGCAGGUGUUUUCGCUUGUCAUCAGUCUGCAGAAUCUUUUGGCCCAGAAAGAUCUGCUGCUUUCUCAAACUGUGGUUGCCUGCCUGGAGGCCCUGAUGGAGUACCUGCAUGUGAAGAACCAGGAAACUGCUCUUCACGUUAUUUCACAGCCCUGGAAUCGAUUUCUACUGUUCACAUUACUCAGUGGUGGUGAGAAGUCCUUCCUUUGUCCAGAAAUUCUCAGACUUUUGACUCUGUUUGCGAGGUAUCAGAACAACACUAUUAUUUCUCAAAGUGAAAUUAGCCAGAUCCUCCAAGAGGCAACAAAAGCCAAUUUAUUAGAGCUUCCUGAAACCACAUCCCAAGCUCUUCGCCUCUUUCUUCUUCAGGUCCAGAGCAGGCGCGAUCAGAGAGAGCCAGCCCAGGCAGAGACCAUUCAGACCUUACUAGAGACCCUCCCACCAAGGACCAGGACUUCUCUAAAGAAUCCAGACAUGAUGUAUCCUUUUGUAGGUUGUGCAUCUUUGGCAGGUGACUUUGGCGUGGUGGCCUGGACAACUGCAGUUAGCUAAAUUAUAGGACAAAGGGAGUGACAAGGUGCCAGAGGGCUGGAAAAGGGCCAAUGUGGUCCCCAUUUUCAAAAAAGGGAGGAAGGAAGACCCAAGAAACUACAGGCCCAUUAGUCUUACCUCGGUCCUGGGGAAGCUCUUUGAGAACAUUAUCCAGGAGCACAUCUGCAAGGGACCAGCAGGGGAGAUCAUGGUUAGGGGCAACCAACAUGGGUUCAUUUGAGGCAGGUCCUGUCAGACCAACCUGGUGGCCUUCUACGACCAAGUCACAAAAUCCUUGGACACAGGUGUUGCGGUGGACAUAGUCUUUCUGGACUUCAGGAAGGCCUUCAACACUCUCUCACCCCAUUCUCAUUAACAAAUUGGGCAACUGUGGCAUGGAUGCCUACACAGUCCGAUGGGUUGUUAAUUGGAUGGAGGGCUGCAACCAGAGAGUGUGGUGGAUGGGUCUUUUUCGACCUGGAGGGAUGUGGGCAGUGGGGUCCCCCAGGGCUCGGUCCUAAGGCCUGUACUGUUCAACAUCUUCAUCAGUGACUUGGACGAGGGGGUGAAAAGCACCUUGUUCAAAUUUGUGGAUGACACUAAAAUGUGGGGAGAAGUGGGCACGCUGGAGGAGAGGGAGAGGCUGCAACUAGAUCUAGAUAGGUUAUAGGGGUGGGCGGAUGAGAACAGGAUGGGAUUCAAUACUGACAAGUGCAAGGUACUGCACCUGGGGAGGAAGAACCAGCAGCAUACCUACAGGCUUGGGAACUCCCUUCUGGUCAGCACAGAGGCAGAAAAGGAUCUUGGUGUCAUUAUUGAUUCCAAAAUGAACAUAGGCUGCCAAUGUGGGGACACGGUCAGCAAGGCUAACCGCACCUUGUCAUGCAUCAUGAGCAGGUCCAAGGUGAUCCUCCCCCUCUAUGUGACAUUGGUCAGCCCACAGUUGGAGUACUGUGUCCAGUUCUGGGCGCUGCACUUCAGAAUAGGGAUCUGGAGAGCAUUGAGAGGGUCCAGAGGAGGGCCACUCGUAUGAUCAGGGGGCAGCAAGGCAGGCCCUACAAGCAGAGGCUAUGGGACCUGAACCUGUUCAGCCUCCACAAGAGAAGGCUGAGAGGGGAUCUGGUGACCAUCUACAAAUCGGCCAAGGGGGACCAGAAGGCUAUGGGAGAGUUCCUGUUCCCCUGAGCACUACCAGGAGUAACGAGGAAUAACGGCCAUAAGUUGACCGAGCGUAGAUUCAGGUUAGAUAUCAGGAGGCACUACUUCACAGUCAGGGCGGCUAGGAUCUGGAACCAACUUCCAAGGGAAGUGGUGCUUGCUUCUAUCCUGGGGAGUCUUCAAAAGGCUAGAUAAUCACCUAGCCAGGGUCGUUUGACCCCAGCAUCCUUUCCUGCCUAUGGCAGGGGGUCGGACUUGAUGAUUUGUUCAGGUCCCUUCCGACCCUACCUGCUAUGAAACUGUGAUAACAACUUGUUCCUUUCUCCCUGUAUUGCAAACACUCUGGUGCGGGUUGUGUUGAUGCAUGCAACAGGGAUGUCUGACAGAAUAAGCACAAGUCUAGGAGUGGUAAGGUUUGCCCUGGCAGAGGCUCCCACCAAGGGUGAGCAAUUCACUUAAAUUCUUACGUCUGCCUCAGCUCUUUCACUGCUAUCUCAUGGUGAUGCUUGCUUGCCUUUCCCUCAGGAGUGGCACGGAGAUAGCUGAAUGCUUGUACUUGGAAGACAACAAACCCUAAGAAAAUACUAACUACCAGACCUGGUGAAAAGGGCAGCAGGCAUGUCUGGUGACUCUGCCAAGCAGCACCCCUGCUCUGCCUUAACUGGAAGCAGAGGAGAUGGACCCUACUACUGGCUGCAGCCUUCCCAGCCACAGGGAUGGGUUGCCCCUAGUCUUGACUGUGAAGAAUAAAUGAGUGAGCCUAGAGUUACCUGCCUAGUUAAGUGAUGACUCUUCUGUCUGGUUUUACCUUUUUGGUUUGUUUGUGCAGCACUGUCUCAGCUACUUAAUGCUUCUGGGGACAGAACUCUUGACCCUGCAGGGGACCCUGCUCAUAGUAGAUGAUGCUGUUAUGAAUCAUAUGCACUACAAUAUUUGCAAGGAAUGUCUUUCACCUUUGAAGAUCACAUGGGAACAAAUCCCCAAAUAUGUCUUUUCAGUAAACUCUGUCUGGUUAGUAAUCAGCACCCACUGACUGGUAGGCACAACCUUGGGGGUAUUCCUGCCAGACUGCUCCAUGCUGGGAGCUCAGGUUUUUACCAGAGUAGAAGUUGUCAACCUGGAGACUCUGUGGGGAUUUCCUGCAAUUCUUUUCUGUGUUUAUGUGCAUGGAGGAGGGAAUGAGUGACUUGAAGGGAUAUCCUGUGGUCUUGCUAAGAAGGCAGCUCCCUUUUUCCUUUUUUAAAAAAAAGUGGUCUUCAGCUACCGGAGGGUCUCUGAAUUUGUUUUUAAAAAGGGAUUCUGGAUGCAUUUGAAGGUGGGGUGUGUGGGGGGUGGUCUGAAAGUAGGCUUUCCUGCACAGUUCAUUUUGUUUUUUAUUCAUGACACUGAUGUCAGAUGCCUGGGAGGAGUGGCAGUCUCUCUCUCGCACGUCAGAGACUGAUAUAAGAGGCAGGACAUACUGAGAAGGCAGAGAAUUGAGAAAUAAGGAACAGAUGGAAUAAGAGACCAUUUCUAACUUCCUUGCCAGGCAGUGGUUUGGAGAAGGCUUAUAACAGGAGUGAUUUCUAGCCUGCUUUUGAAAGCUGUUUGUUCUGUUGUUGGAAAGCAACCACAAAAUAAAAUUUUGGAAUGUC